AUGUGUUGUCUUAUUUCAGGCAAGGAUCCAGUGGUCGCUUGGUAUAAUGAAAUCAGUGACUAUGACUUUAGCAGUCCUGGUUUUAGCACCCUGACAGGUCAAUUUACCCAGAUGUUAUGGUUGGCAACCACACAUUUUGGCAUUGCGUUUGCAAAGAGUGACAAGGGAAUAUAUGUAGUGGCACAGUACAGCCCAGCUGGAAACAUCGUUGAUCAACAUUCCUUCCAAACAAAUGUGCUGCCACCAGACUCACUUUCCUUGGAUUUAAAAGAUAAGCAGGAUUCAGGUUCCCAACAAACAUCCAGUGAGGACAGUACAGCAGAUCUGAGUGCAUUUGAGAAAGAGGCAUUGGCUGCUCACAAUACAUACAGGGCUCGUCAUAACACAGCACCUCUCUCGCUCAAUAAAGAAUUGAGCAAGGAUUGCAGGGUGUGGGCAAAUGUCCUUACACAGGAUGGUGUCAUUGCGCAAAGUCCAACCAACUUUGGUGAGAAUAUCUGGUCUAAUCCAAGCAUCACUGAAGGAGAAAUCUCAGGCAAAGAACCUGUGGAUGCCUGGUACGCUGAAAUGAAGUAUUAUGACUAUGAAAAACCCGGUCUCUCCGAGAAAACAGAGCACUUCACUCAAAUGAUGUGGAAGGAAACCACGGACAUGGGGAUUGCGUAUGUCGUGAGUGAUAAAGGGGCCUUUGUGGUGGCUCAGUAUAAGCCACGCGGGAAUGCCACCAAGGUAGAAACUUUUGUCAAGAAUGUACUACCACUGGAUGCAGCAUAUAGCGAGCCUCUUUUCAAAGCAGAGGCUCCUGAAGGGGAGGCAAUGCCAGCACCUGCGGGAUCACCUCCAGAGAAAACGUACGCAGCUUAUUCAUAUUUUCCCAAAAAUAUACCUUGCUUGUGA